GCGCGGAGAAAGGGGGAGCGUCUUCGUUCCUAUUCGCCGCCCGGUCCCUCUCCCCUCUCCCCUCUCCCCGCUCCCUUUGCUGCUUAGUGCUACGGACGCCACCGGAUGUGGGGCGGGGGAGGCCGGGGGCAGCGCGGGCCCGAGAGCCCGGGGGCACUUAGGGGACCCUGCCGGGCUCCCGCCCAAGAGACACAGAGAGAGAAGCGAGGAGACCGGGAGAGACAGGCAGACAGGGAGAGGCCCAGAGGCUUGGACAGGCAGACUGGGAGCCGCCCUGCAGCUCCGCUCCAUUCUUCCCCACUCCUGGAGCCAAUGCACAUGUUGAUUUAGGGGCAACAUCAGCCCCUUUCCUCCCCCUCCCUUCCCCUAAGCAGAGGGAAGAGAGAGGGAAAGGCGGACCCAGGUAGCAGCUGUGCCGGGGAUGUGAAACUGACUCAGGCUGCAGGCCAUUACUUCCUGAGUUUUCGAGAGAUCUUAUCGGUCUUGAAUCGAUGCUGGGGUUAGCACGAUCGGAAGACUGACAAGGGGCUGGGGCGACCGACCGGGAUAGUGUUCGCAGUUGGAAGGUGGUCCUGAGGGUUUGCCGGGGGAAAGCUGAGAGGGAAGGAAGCUGCUGAGGAGCCGCUGCCGCGGCGCGGUUAGCUGGAUUGCUGGCAGAAGAAUUGCUGGAUUGCUGGCAGACUCAGCGCUCGUCCGGACGCUGCCCCCGAGCGCCCUCCGGGGUUCCUCAACCUGCCGUUUGGGACAAACUCGGGUCCGGAGGAGAGCAGAAGAUCCCCGGAAUGAUGGCAGGGGCGGGAGCCCCUUUCGCCAAUGGCUGCGGGUCCUGCGCCCCAUCCGAGGCCGAGGUUCUGAAUCUCUGCCGGAGUUUGGAAGUGGGCACCGUCAUGACCUUGUUCUACUCCAAGAAAUCCCAGCGACCGGAGAGGAAAACCUUCCAGGUCAAGUUGGAGACCAGGCAGAUCACGUGGAGCCGUGGGGCAGAUAAAAUCGAAGGAGCCGUUGAUAUUCGUGAAAUCAAGGAGAUUCGCCCAGGAAAGACCUCUCGUGACUUUGACCGUUAUCAGGAAGACCCGGCUUUCCGGCCUGACCAGUCCCAUUGCUUUGUCAUCCUGUAUGGCAUGGAAUUCCGCCUGAAAACUCUUAGUCUGCAAGCCACCUCGGAGGACGAAGUGAACAUGUGGAUCAAAGGCUUGAAUUGGCUUGUGACUGACACCACCCAGUCUGCCACUCCUCUGCAGAUUGAGAGGUGGCUUCGGAAGCAGUUCUACUCAGUAGAUCGGAAUCGGGAAGACAGGAUUUCUGCCAAGGAUCUUAAGAACAUGCUGUCCCAGGUCAACUACCGAGUUCCCAACAUGCGGUUCCUGAGGGAACGGUUGACGGAUCUGGAGCAGCGGAGUGGGGACAUCACCUAUGGACAGUUUGCACAGCUCUACCGGAGCCUCAUGUUCAGCGCCCAGAAAACGAUGGACCUUCCUUUCCUGGAAGCUGGCACCCUGAGGGGUGGAGAUCGACCUGAGCUCUGCAGAGUGUCCCUGGCUGAGUUUCAGCAGUUUCUUUUGGAAUACCAGGGGGAGCUGUGGGCCACUGACCGGCUCCAGGUGCAGGAGUUCAUGCUCAACUUCCUCCGAGAUCCACUCCGAGAGAUAGAGGAGCCUUACUUCUUCCUGGAUGAGUUUGUUACCUUCCUGUUCUCCAAAGAGAACAACAUCUGGAACUCCCAGCUGGAUUCGGUGUGUGUCGACACCAUGAAUAAUCCCUUGUCUCAGUAUUGGAUCUCUUCAUCCCAUAACACGUACCUGACUGGGGACCAGUUCUCCAGCGAGUCCUCCUUGGAGGCCUACGCACGGUGUCUUCGCAUGGGCUGUCGAUGCAUUGAGUUGGACUGUUGGGAUGGGCCAGAUGGGAUGCCUGUCAUUUACCACGGACAUACCCUCACCACCAAGAUCAAGUUCUCUGACGUUCUCCAUACCAUCAAGGAGCAUGCGUUCGUGACCUCAGAGUACCCAGUGAUCUUGUCCAUUGAAGAUCAUUGUAGCAUUGCUCAGCAGAGAAACAUGGCCCAGUACUUCAAGAAAGUAUUUGGUGACACCCUUCUUACCAAGCCUGUGGACAUCGCCGCUGAUGGUCUGCCUUCCCCCAACCAGCUCAAGAGAAAAAUCCUUAUUAAGCACAAGAAGCUGGCCGAGGGCAGUGCCUACGAGGAGGUGCCCACAUCAGUGAUGUACUCGGAGAAUGACAUCAGCAAUUCCAUCAAGAAUGGCAUCCUCUACUUGGAAGAUCCCAUUAACCAUGAGUGGUACCCGCACUACUUUGUACUGACCAGCAGCAAAAUCUACUACUCAGAAGAGACAAAUAGUGACCAGGGCAAUGAUGAUGAGGAGGAACCAAAGGAGGUGAAUAGCAGUGCAGAGCUACACUCCAGUGAGAAAUGGUUCCAUGGCAAGCUAGGCGCUGGUCGUGAUGGGCGGCACAUUGCUGAGCGACUGCUCACUGAAUACUGCAUUGAGACGGGAGCCCCUGAUGGCUCCUUUCUGGUUCGAGAGAGCGAGACCUUUGUCGGGGACUACACACUCUCCUUCUGGCGGAAUGGGAAGGUCCAGCAUUGCCGGAUCCACUCACGCCAGGAUGCCGGGAGCCCCAAAUUCUUUUUGACAGACAACCUGGUAUUUGACUCGCUCUACGACCUCAUCACCCACUACCAGCAGGUGCCAUUGAGAUGCAAUGAGUUCGAGAUGCGCCUUACGGAGCCUGUGCCUCAGACCAAUGCCCACGAGAGCAAAGAGUGGUACCAUGCAAGUCUGACCCGCGCCCAGGCGGAGCACAUGUUAAUGCGUGUACCCCGGGAUGGAGCCUUCCUUGUGCGAAAACGGAGUGAGCCCAACUCCUAUGCCAUCUCCUUCCGGGCUGAAGGCAAGAUCAAACACUGCCGUGUCCAGCAGGAGGGGCAGACUGUGAUGCUGGGGAACUCUGAGUUUGACAGCCUCGUGGACCUCAUCAGUUACUAUGAGAAGCAUCCCCUGUACCGAAAGAUGAAGCUCCGGUACCCCAUCAAUGAGGAGGCACUAGAGAAGAUUGGCACAGCGGAGCCAGACUAUGGAGCUCUCUAUGAAGGACGGAACCCAGGUUUCUAUGUGGAAGCAAAUCCUAUGCCAACUUUUAAGUGUGCAGUCAAAGCCCUCUUUGACUACAAGGCACAGAGAGAAGAUGAGCUGACCUUUACGAAGAGUGCCAUCAUUCAGAAUGUAGAAAAGCAGGAGGGAGGCUGGUGGAGGGGAGACUAUGGAGGGAAGAAGCAGCUAUGGUUUCCAUCAAAUUAUGUGGAAGAGAUGGCCAGCCCCGCUGCUCUAGAGCCUGAGAGGGAGCAGCUGGAUGAGAAUAGCCCCCUGGGAGAUCUGCUCCGUGGAGUCCUGGAUGUGCCAGCCUGUCAGAUCGCUAUCCGCCCAGAGGGGAAGAACAACCGCCUGUUCGUAUUCUCCAUUAGCAUGGCCUCCAUUGCACAUUGGUCCCUGGAUGUGGCUGCUGAUUCCCAGGAGGACCUACAGGACUGGGUGAAAAAGAUCCGGGAGGUGGCCCAGACCGCAGAUGCCCGGCUCACAGAGGGGAAGAUGAUGGAACGAAGGAAGAAAAUCGCCUUGGAGCUGUCUGAACUCGUCAUCUACUGUCGGCCCGUCCCCUUCGAUGAGGACAAGAUCGGCACCGAGCGGGCCUGUUACCGAGACAUGUCGUCCUUCCCGGAGACCAAGGCGGAGAAGUACGUGAAUAAGACCAAGGGCAAGAAGUUCUUACAGUAUAAUCGGCUUCAGCUGUCCCGCAUCUACCCCAAGGGCCAGCGGCUGGACUCCUCUAACUAUGACCCCCUGCCCAUGUGGAUCUGUGGCAGUCAGCUCGUGGCCCUCAACUUCCAGACGCCAGACAAACCCAUGCAGAUGAACCAGGCCUUGUUCAUGUCCAGUGGGCGCUGUGGCUAUGUGAUGCAGCCAAGCAACAUGAGAGAUGAAGCCUUUGACCCCUUUGACAAGUGCAGCUUGCGGGGGAUAGAGCCAUGUGCAGUCUGCAUUGAGGUCCUGGGGGCCCGGCAUCUCCCCAAGAACGGUCGUGGCAUCGUGUGCCCUUUCGUGGAGAUUGAGGUAGCGGGGGCCGACUACGACAACAUGAAGCACAAGACCGAAUUUGUGGUGGACAAUGGCCUGAACCCCGUGUGGCCGGCAAAGCCCUUCCACUUCCAGAUUAGCAACCCUGAGUUUGCUUUCCUGCGCUUUGUGGUGUAUGAAGAAGACAUGUUCAGCGACCAGAAUUUCUUGGCUCAGGCUACCUUCCUUGUGAAAGGCCUAAAGACAGGAUACAGAGCGGUGCCUUUGAAGAACAACUACAGCGAGGAUCUGGAGCUGGCCUCGCUGCUUAUCAAAAUAGAUAUAUUUCCUGCCAAGCAGGAGAACGGUGAAGUCAGUCCCUUUGGCAGCUCCUCAUUCCGAGAACGGGGCUCCGAAGCUCCGGGCCAGCUACUCCACGGACGGACCCGAGAGGGCUCCUUUGAAGCCCGCUAUCAGCAGCCAUUUGAGGAUUUCCGCAUCUCCCAGGAGCACCUAGCAGACCACUUUGACGGCCGGGAACGAAGGGCCCUUCGGAGAACUCGUGUCAACGGAGACAACCGCCUCUAGACGCGACCGCUCGGGCCUUUGAGAAUCAUGUGGGUUUUCGCAGCGGACGCCUCGUGGAAUUCUGUAAACUGGUUCUUUGGAGACAACACUGCUCUGGCCCUUCCUUCAGGCAGCCCUCCCGGGUUCUCUACCUGCUCUCCUGGUAGAGACACGCUCCACAAAACCCAAGCCAUUGAUCAGCCGUUUGACUGUCCCGAGACUGUAGAAGACCGUACGCCGCGCCUGCCCGGAGCACAGACACCUUGUCCCGACUCCUCAGAGAUUGGUGCUCGCGUCUCGCCCUCCUGGAAAGCACAGGCCCCUGUCCCGGCUCCCUCGCUGCCCCGCCCCGCGGAGCGGGGGGCUCUGAGGACCGCGACGGGCCCGCUCCGGCCUUUGCCGAUUCCUGAGGGGCCUGCAACGUUUACAUCCUCCUGUAGCUUUAAAACCACGAAUGACCGUUGGGAGAGGGGCCGCCGCCGCCGCUCCGGAGGGGUUCGUUCCUUGCCCGGUCUGGGCCCCGGCUGGAUGGGUGCCUUGUCGGUCCCACCCGAAGCCCCGAGGGGGUGCCUGUGAGGAAGCGUUUACUGGGCGAGUGGGGCGAGGAAGGCGAUGUUGCCGGCGCAGCCAUGUGGCCCUGGAACACUAACCCUUUCAGGAUGGAAUGCUCUCCUGAGCUUAAAACAUGUUUAAAUAGCAGUAUUAUUUUUUCUUCUAAAUUGUAUUAUAACUAAGUUAUUUACUCCUCCCCAUACGGGCUCUCUCAUCACAGGUGAACCCCCAAAGCUGGUGGCAUUAAAAAAAGACCCUUUGCUCACCCCCGACGUCCAGCUCCCCGAGCAGAGCCUUGCGCUAGCCCAGGUGCUUAGUGGUGGCUGGUUGGAGGGCCUGCAAGCUGUGACUUAGUGUUCGUGGCAGUGCCGGAGAAAUUGGGGAGGAGAAUAGCUAACGUUUUUAAGGGAAAGAAGGCACAUUUUAGGACUCUACGUUUUUUAGGCAUGAGAAGGGAACAUGGAGUUGUAUUCAAGAGCAAGGGCGUGCAUUGGGAAAUCUGUAUCUGAUGCUGGAGAGUCAGGUAGACGGCUAAGGGUCGACCCGGCAGCCUGGGUGCUGAGAGGUUUUGGUACCCACCUGGAGUGACUGGCCCUCGGCCCCGAGGAAGAGGCCUCCCUCGGCAGGACUGGUUUUCGGUUGGGAGAAUAGACACUAUAGAACCUACAAGGGGGUCUCGUGCCCCCGGCAUGAGGCAGCGGUGCCCGCCCUGGGGCUGGAGCCCUUGGUGGCCCUCGUUCAGCAUAGGCAAACCUGCCACCCUCCGUUUGGGGCCCUCAAGACCUGACUGCCAAAUAAAAAGGCCUCAUGUGAUUCCUCCCACCCUUAA